AUGAAGUAUUUGUUGGUAGCGGUGGAUUACUUCAACAAGUGGGUGGAGGCUGAAUCUUUGGCUAAAAUUUCCGCUGCACAUGUUCAAAAGUUUGUUUGGAAGUUAAUUUGCAGGUUCGGUUUGCCCAAACUAAUUGUCACCGACAACAAUCGGCAAUUUGUAGACAAGAAGCUCGUCGCUUUUUACAAGGAGCUAGGGAUUAUGCCUGUCACAAGUUUAGUGGAACAUCCGCAGACGAAAGAGCAAGCUGAGGCAAUGAAUAAGAUCAUUGUCCAAGAAUUGAAGAAAAGGUUGGGAGAGGCAAAAGGUGCAUGGGUGGAUGAGCUUCAACAGGUGCUUUGGAGGUAUGUUGUUCCCCGCACGGUGCGACGGGAGAGGUGUGUUCGGGGAGAAGUCAGGAAAAUGACUUCAGAAAACCCCACCCAACGCAGAAGUCAAGAAAAUGACUCCUCCCUCAGGACGAUCUGGGGAGGUGUGUUCGGGGAGAAGUUAGGAAACUGA